AUGUCGGCGGGUAGUGCAGCGGAUGCGGAGCCUGGAGGUCGGGGCGGCGCUAGGGCGGUGGCAGGAGCGGGUAGCGGAGGGGCGGGGCUUGCGGGCCAAGGCGGGGAAGGUAGUACAGCGGUGGCGGAGCCUGGAGCUGGCGGGCUGGCUAGAGCGCUGGCAAGCCAGGAAGGCGACAAGGGGGCGGCUGCGCGAGGGGUCGCAAGCUCGGGCGCUAGGGCGGUGGCAGGAGGAGGCGGCAAGGAGGCGGGAGGCGCGGAGGGUGGUGAGCCGAGCGGCGGCGCGGCUGAGGUACAGGGAGGUAGGGCGGGCGUGGGAGCAGUGGUCAGGGCGGGCAGCGGAGAGGCGGCGGGGGGCGGAGAUAUGUCGGCGGGUAGUGCAGCGGAUGCGGAGCCUGGAGGUCGGGGCGGCGCUAGGGCGGUGGCAGGAGCGGGUAGCGGAGGGGCGGGGCUUGCGGGCCAAGGCGGGGAAGGUAGUACAGCGGUGGCGGAGCCUGGAGCUGGCGGGCUGGCUAGAGCGCUGGCAAGCCAGGAAGGCGACAAGGGGGCGGCUGCGCGAGGGGUCGCAAGCUCGGGCGCUAGGGCGGUGGCAGGAGGAGGCGGCAAGGAGGCGGCAGGCGCGGAGGGUGGUGAGCCGAGCGGCGGCGCGGCUGAGGUACAGGGAGGUAGGGCGGGCGUGGGAGCAGUGGUCAGGGCGGGCAGCGGAGAGGCGGCGGGGGGCGGAGAUAUGUCGGCGGGUAGUGCAGCGGAUGCGGAGCCUGGAGGUCGGGGCGGCGCUAGGGCGGUGGCAGGAGCGGGUAGCGGAGGGGCGGGGCUUGCGGGCCAAGGCGGGGAAGGUAGUACAGCGGUGGCGGAGCCUGGAGCUGGCGGGCUGGCUAGAGCGCUGGCAAGCCAGGAAGGCGACAAGGGGGCGGCUGCGCGAGAGGUUCAGGGAGUACGCAAGAUUGAGUCACAAAUCGUCCCACUACUCGAUGCACUUCUGUCUCAGGAGAACGUUUCGGGCUUGGACGUUGUUCAGAAGCAGCAAGAACUGGUAUGGUCUGUCCGUGGAACAAUGUUGUUCGUCGAUUUUGGUGCGAAGAUUCAAGAGGAACUGAAUCAAAUCAACAGUGAUGCCAAGAAGUGCCACAUGAGGAGAUUAAGGAUGAUGGACGCAUUGAAGAAGCGUAUCAAGACUGCUGUGUCUAUCCAAAUCGAUUCUCAGAAUGAGAUCGAGCGACUGCGACAAGAGCUCAAAAGCAGGAGCGAGAAGCCUUCGCCAAGCUCAGACUCGAAACGCAAACACAUGGCAUUUUUCUAA